AUGGCAUCUUUACAUAUCAAAUCCAAAUUUGAUUCAGAAUUUCGACGUUUUUCACUUCCAAUUAAUACAGAAAAUUUUAUGAGUUAUUUAGAAUUUCGUGGUUUUAUUGAAACAAUUCAUUCAUUACACAACAUUCCUUUUACACUUUCAUACACAAGUUAUUCUGGUGAUUUACUUCCAAUUACUAAUAAUGAUAAUUUUCGAAAAUCACUUGAAUCCUCACGUCCAUAUCUUCAAUUAUUGAUACAACGAAAAGGAGAGUCUUGGGAAGAAAAGUACGGUUAUGGGACGGAAUCUGCAGAUAAACGGCGUCGUGGACUAGCAUCUGUGCUUAUUCCUUCGAAUGCUGGAAGAGACAAACGAAAUUAUAAUAUUUCUAAUCCUGAGGAUUUUCGACAGGUUGCUCAAGUUAUUGAUGUGGAUAUUGUGCCUGUAACUCAUCGUCGAGUACGUUUAUGUAAAUAUGGAAGUAAUGACCGUUCUUUGGGUUUUUACAUUCGUGACGGUACUUCACUCCGAAUGACUUCACAAGGACCAAUUAAAUGUGAUGGAAUAUUCAUUUCACGAUUAUUGGAUGUGGACUUGCAAGCUCGACUGGUCUUUUAG